AUGCUUGGCAUCACUUCACUUGAAAUAUAUUCCUGUUCAGAAAGCGAUUCUGGACGAUAUUCCUGUCGUGCGACGAAUAGUCGUGGUGAAGAUGAAACCGAGUGUAAAGUUAUUGUUGAAGCAAGCCGUGUUAAACGGUUUCUCAGUGCUCAGCAUGCUGAUCGAAAAAUUCGUUCAAGUAGUCAACAGCCCACUGGUUUUGAAUCACGAAUCGAAAAUUCUUCUUGGCGUGAUGAUAAGAGAAAUUUGACACGUCUAACUGAAAGGCAUGCAUCAGAGGUACGUGAAAUUAAUGAAGCUCGCGAUAAAUGGUCUAACAAUGAGAUCAGAGGAUCACGUAACUUAGUGGAACAUAGAACUUCUAAUGGUGAAAUCCAGCCUAUUCGAAUAGCUGCACCUAAAUUGUUAAAAAGUUUAAAUCCCAUCACACAAGUUAAACUAGGUAAAGGCUUUAAACUGGAAGCGAAGUUUGAACCAACAAAUCCUCCAACUAAAAUUCAUUGGACUUGUAACAAUCAAGAAAUUACUCCAGGUGAUAAUAUAAGAAUUACAACAUCUGAAGAUGGUGAAUUUAGUUAUCUUGAAGUUUUUGAAUCUAGUUUCACAAAUGCAGGUGAUUAUGAAGCGAAAGCUGGAACAACUAUUACUCGAACCAGUGUUAAAAUUGAAGCUCCAGUUAAUUCAUUGAACGGAAUGAUAGAUGAAAUUGAUGAGGAAAUGUCAGAUGAAUUUUCUACUCAAGAUGUUGACCAAGUAAUAAACGGCACUGAUGGAGGCAUCAUACCUAAAGCUGUUGGAUUAGCACCAUCAUUCACUAUCCAUCCAAUUAGUCAAACUGUUAAAGAUGGAGAUACGGUAUGUUUAGAGUGUUCGGUAUCAGGGGAUCCUAUUCCAGAAGCCGAAUGGUAUUAUAAUGAUGGUCCUAUUCAAGCUGGACAUAUAUUUUCUCAAGAUAACGAAAUUAUAAAGCUUGAAUUACAAGCUCUAUUACCCGAAGAUACUGGUACUUAUGAAUGUCGCGCAACAAGUUCAAUGGGUAAAGCAUCGACUGUAGCAUUCCUUGUUGUUGAAGCUGAAAAUGAAGAGAUGAAAGGACCAAAAUUCCUAACUUUCCCACAAUCACGUAGUGCUGAGGAGAAUGAAACCGUUACUUUUAAAUGUUCCUUUGGUAAUUCACCAGUUAACGAAGUUUCUUGGUUUCGCAACAAUACUCGUUGGAUUCUAAGUAUUUUGAUUUUGAUGUAUCUGCUCAGACAAGGAACACUUACUUGUCCUAACGCGAAUCAUGACCAACGACUUCAACUACCAUUUAGUGACAAUCUUAUUAUCUCAAAAAGCUAUCAAUGGAAAAUACUUUUGUGCACAAAUCAGCGUACAAAGUCUCACGUUUUAUGA